AUGUCUUUCACAGAUGAGGAGCUUGACCGCAACUGGCAGCCCAACGGCCGACGCCCUCAGUCAACCAUUGCCAGAAACUUCCAAUUGGAGCUGGAGGACAUCUUCAACCUCGACGAAACCAAGGCCGAGCUCCAGCAGUCGUACGACACCAGAAAAUACAACAUCACCAAAACCACCGAAGAGCUCAGCACACUAGAGGCCCGCCUCCGCGAGAUGGAACAGCGCCUCAACGCCGCCCUCCCGGCCGACCAACAGAAGGAAUCCGAAGCCGAAACCCCCAAGCAGGAAGCCUCGUCUUCUCUCUCUGCAGCACCCACAGACGACAGUAAGUCCAGGUCGCGGCCAGGAACCGCAAGGCCGGUCCAGCAAGCCCCCAGCUCUGGUGACAUGCCUCCAACCCCCGGGGCCAGUGAAGAUGGUGAUCGCGAGUAA